UUACCCGGGUAACAUUAUCAAACCCAAUUGAGAAUCUUCUUCGAUGGUUUACUUGGAGAGAAGGAAAACAGUGUGAAAGAGUCUGCUCCUGCGUGACUCGCCGCCCUUACAUAACCUCACCGACUUAUUAUAACCUUUUCUUCUCAGGCCAGGCGUCGUCGUCGUCGUCGUUGUUUUAUAUAUCAACCCUUCGCCUCCGUCUCCGCCGCCACCUCUUCCAAUUCUAGGGUUUCUCGUUCCAAUCGAUAAACCGCAGAUCUAGAAAUCCCUAACCCGUCGAAAAUUCAUAUGAGAUUCUCUGUUUGUUUUUUUGUGUGUUUUCAUAGUUAGGUUGGAAUUUUCGCGUAUGUUGACUUCUCGUUUGGGGCUUUGAUUUCGGUAGAUCUGGAUUCGUUUUGAUUGUUCUGGGUUUUCGUGGCUGUUUUUCAUCGUUUUCAGCUGGACAUAGCUGUUUCAGAUAAAAGAUGUAUGCUAUGAACGGUAACUGCAGUGCUCGGGACUGCCAACUAUUCUUGAUGUCACUGUGUUCAUCACCGUUACCACUGUUUAUUUAAAGGCUGCUCAAGGCCUAGAGUUAUAGUUGACUGCUGCGUCAGGGCUUUUAUAUUUGAAAGUGAUAGAUAUUGAUCUAGUUGAUAAAAAUGGAAGCAAACACCGCAAAGGCAUCGGAUAGUAUUAUUCUAAAUCUGAAGCGUAAGCGGGCUACUCGGUAUGCUGCGCGUCCAAAUGGAGCUCUUCCAUCGGUGUUACCUCAAUGGACAUCAUUAAUAUCACCAACAAAUAAGGCUGUCAAACGGAUGAGGUUAGGCAGAAACAAAAGCAGGCCGACAAACUUUGGGGCUCAUAGUGGGCGGUCCUUAGUUAGGUAUUAUUUGAACUAUAAGAAGAGUGGGAGGCCAGACCGUUUGAUGUUCUAUCAGAAUGGUGGGUGGUUGGACUUUCCUAAGGAUGUUGUUGACUUGGUUAAGAAGGACUUUGAAUUAAAGAAAGCAGUUCUGGAGUUAGAGUUCAAUGGUCAUCAUCUUGUGCUGAACUUUUUGCACAUGUAUCAGAUGGACUUGAAAACUGGCUUGCAGCAACCUAUUGCUUGGAUUGAUGAGAAGGGGUGCUGCUUUUUCCCUGAAAAUUUUGCUGCUUCUGAUGAAGAACCUUAUGAUUUCUGCAAUCAGGUCCAUGGAAAAAGUCAUGAAUCAUUAUCUCAAGAUCCUUUUGAAUCUAAUGAAAUAAGAUUACAUUUAGAAAUUGAAAUAAAUGGAGCGGAUGAAUCCAAGUUGAGGGAGUGUAGUGGGGAGUCCAAUGCUUUAGUUAAGCAUAUCCAAAUUGGUGCUCAAGGAGCCUGUGGUCAUUGUGAUGUAGAAAUUGAAGAUAGCAGUAAUAAAAUGGUGAAUGGAAAUGUUGGUGAAGCCAUUGAACAAAAUCAAAACGUAGGUUUCAACACUAAUAAUGAACUUGUAUAUGGAAAGUUGGAUUUGGAUACUGUACAGGGUAUGUUUUUUCAGGGAAUGAGUUGUUUUGGUAGUGCUGACAUAGUAGAGAUUUAUCCCUGCUCAAAUAUGUUGAUGCAAGCACGAUUGGAGUUGUUCCAAAAGCAAGCUGAAAUUACAAAAAAUUGUCAUGGGGAUGCUAAUGUUCGGUAUGCUUGGCUUCCUUCUUCUAAAGGGGAUCUAUCUUCAAUUUUGAACUAUGGACUCGGUCAUUCUGGACUAUCUACAUCUAAAUGCUCAUAUGGCAUUGGUGUUCAUCUUGCAGCUGCUACCUGUCCUUAUGCCAGUGCUAGUUAUUGUGAUGUUGACGAAAAUGGGGUUCGGCACAUGGUCCUUUGUCGCGUAAUAGUGGGGAAUAUGGAGCUUCUCCAUCCGGGCACUAGACAGUUCCGACCCAGUAGUACUCACUAUGAUAGUGGGGUGGAUGACAUUGAAAGUCCGAGAUACUAUAUAGUGUGGAACAUGAAUGUGAACACCCACAUCUAUCCAGAAUUCGUUGUUAGUUUCAAGGUUUCUUCCAACGCUGAAGGCAUUCUUUGUGAAAGUGGGAAUAUGAAGAAUGUUUCUGCAGUUAAUUCGAAUAGUCAAGGUUCUAAGAGCUUGUUACAGUCACAGUCUCCAACUGAAGAUACUGGCAUAACUACUGUUGCUAGCUCGCAUAAAGCUCCGAGAUCCCCUUGGAUGCCUUUUCCUAUGCUUUUUGCUGCUAUUACAGAAAAGGUUCCUUCCAAUGAUAUGAAUCUCAUCAAUAUGCAUUAUCAACAAUUCAGGUCAAAGAAGAUAACACGUGAUGAUUUUGUGAAGAAGUUGAGGUUGAUUGUUGGAGAUACUCUCUUGAGAGCUACAAUAACUAGUCUUCAAUGCAAGAUACCACCACAAACUGCUUGUGUAUUUAAUGACACAAAGAUCAAGAGAGAAGUCUGAGACUGGCUUUCUAUAUGAGCAGCAGGUGAUCUUUGCACUUGGGAUAAACUUUUGUCGACUUGACGUUAAUCGAGUCAAGAUAAACUUGUGAAUAUUGUUAGUUCUUAGGACUCAGAGCAACUAUCCUGCUUAGGACUUCAUUUGAGUUUUUUUGAACAUCUGUGUGAUUGGAAACUGGUUUGUGUUAUUGAUAGAAACUGGGGGGUUAUUUGAUUGAAACUGUGACAUUGAUAUUCCAUUUUUUUUUCACUGCAACUUGAGCACUGGGGGACCUUUUUCUCCAGAAUGUGUGCUGCUUGAUGGUGCCUGUGCGCGAACAUAUUUACUUCUUUCUGAUGGUGCUUUCCUGAUACUUUUACAUCACAAUUUCAUUGGAUGACAAUGGGCAUACCAUCUUCCUCAGUA